UUUUCUCAAAUUCAUCAAAACCUCUUUGUAACCGUCAGAUUUUUCAUCAAUGGCUGAACAUUACCAGCAGCUCCACCAAACACAGUACCACAACCAACAACAGCCUCGGUCCCACCAGGUUGUGAAGGCCGCCACUGCUGUCACCGCCGGUGGCUCUCUUUUGCUUCUCUCCGGUUUGACUCUGGCUGGCACCGUCAUUGCACUGACCAUUGCCACUCCACUCUUCGUCAUAUUCAGUCCUGUUCUUGUCCCUGCGGUCAUUACAGUGGCUCUUUUGACCACGGGCUUCCUCGCGUCCGGUGGUUUCGGUGUAGCAGCUAUCACUGUUUUGUCAUGGAUCUACAGGUUUGUUACUGGGAAGCACCCACCUGGGGCAGAUCAGCUUGAUUAUGCACGCAAUAAACUGGCUGGUAAAGCGCGAGAAAUGAAGGACAAGGUUGAGCACUANAAAAAUUAA